AUGGGAAAACAAAACGACAUUUUGCAAAAACUGGCUGCUGCCUGUCAGAUUCGACACGUGCUCCUCCGACAGGCUCUUGCAGAAUGUCUGGGAACUCUUAUUCUGGUGAUGUUUGGUUGCGGUUCAGUAGCACAGCUGGUGUUAAGCAGAGGCUCCCAUGGCACGUUCCUCAGCGUCAACUUGGCUUUUGGUUUCGCUGCAACUUUGGGGAUCCUUGCAAGUGGACGGAUCUCAGGCGGUCAUCUGAACCCAGCCGUGACCUUCGCUCUGUGUUUACUCGGCAGAGAACCCUGGAGGAAGUUCCCGUUGUUCUUUUUCUUCCAGACCGUCGGAGCAUUUCUCGGUGCAGCAGUUGUAUUCGGCAUGUAUGUAGAUGCAUUGUGGGACUUCAGCCAGGGAGAGCUGAUGGUGGUGGGGGAGAAUUCCACAGCUGGGAUUUUUGCUACAUAUCCGACAAAACAUCUCAGUCUGACUAAUGGAUUCUUUGAUCAGGUUAUUGGAACAGCUGCAUUGAUCGUGUGCAUCCUGGCCAUAGUUGAUCCAAACAACAAACCCAUACACAAAAGCCUGGCGCCCUUCUCUAUCGGCUCAGUGGUGUUGGUCAUCGGUCUGUCGAUGGGCUUCAACUCAGGCUAUGCUGUCAACCCAGCCCGGGAUCUGGGACCACGCAUCUUCACAGCUCUAGCAGGCUGGGGUUCAGAGGUUUUUACAGCGAACGCACACUGGUUCUUUGUGCCUGUAUGUGCCCCCUUCUUGGGUGCAGUGGUGGGUGUGCUGAUGUAUCAACUAAUGAUGGGAUACCAUUUAGAAGGAGAAGUGCAAGGGAGCCAGAAGAAGGAGGAAGAGGAGCAGGAGGAGGAGGAAAGGGUCAAACUUUCCAAUACUGCAACCAACCAAGAUGUAUGAGCAUUUCUUUAAACAGAUAUGUCUGUGUAGAGUUUUUAUGUUUAAAUCUUUGGCUUUUAAGAAGAAGUCCUUCUGUUUUCCUUUUAAAUAACUCCACUUUUAGAUAAUGUAUAUGCCGUUAUGACUCUUACAACAUCUCAACACAAACAGGAACAGUUACAGCAGCCGCCAUGGCACGUGUUUUAUGUAUUUAUCUCCCCCUAACUCCAGUAAGAUCUUUCAUUUCCACUCGAAGCACAAAACUAUUUCCUUCCAUGCUGCGUCCCUGACAAAACAAAUACAUCAGCGCAGAGAAGAGGAGACGUUUAGAGUUGAAGAGGUAUUUGAACGCUGCUUGUUUAUUGCUUGUUGAAGGUGGAAAAAACCUUGAAAUCACCCUCGAAUCAGAAAGCAUCGACACUCACAUUCUCCCUCCUGCGGUUCCUUUUCAUUUGGAUAAACAGUGCCGAACGCCACCUCUGUAGAGUUCACGUACAAGAUGGGACUUUUCCUUUUCCUUUUCCUCACCACCACAUGCAUGUUUAAUUAAUCAGGCAUAAUUGUCAAAAAUGCAACCAGGAUCUGUUUAUUCUGUGAGAUUUUUAAGAGUGUUUGAGGCUCCACUUAACACCUUGUUGUAAGUGUUAUCUGAUGU